CUCUUCAGAAUGCAUUAGUUUCAAAUCUGCGCUCAAACAGUUCAUGCAACUCACAGCAAAAUGUUUCGUAACUUUUCCAAUAUUUUGCUAUUUUUUAUCUUGAUUUUUCAAAUCCGUUACUCUUUAAGUGAUAAUACUGAACAAAAUGCAACGGACGCUUGCACUUGUGAUGUGGAAAUAGAUGUUGUGCGGAAAUUCAUGGACGACUUGGAAGUUGCACAAAAGAGUGGAACCAAAUUGGAGAGUAAAAUGUCGAAUAUCGAAAAGCUAUUAAUUGCAAAUCGCGUACCAAAAUUACCAACGAAUUGUAUGGAAGCGACUGGUAACAGCACAAAGAAUGGCGUAUACCAUAUUCAGUUACAAAAUCUCGAUAUCGACGACUUGAAGGUGUUUUGUGUAGAAGACGUGGAUUUCGGAGGAUGGUUAGUUAUACAGAGGCGUCAAAGUGACUCCGUAGACUUUUAUAGAAAUUGGACGGACUAUAAGGAGGGAUUCGGCGACCUAACGGGUAACUAUUGGAUCGGUUUGGAGAAACUACAUGCGCUCACAAGCGACUGCGAGCAGGAGUUAUAUAUUCAAAUGAGAAGACGUAAUGGCAAGGAAUACUUUGCAAAAUAUAUACAGUUUGUUAUUGCUGGGGAGUCAAAGAGCUACGCUUUGAAGAAAUUGGGUAAUUAUAGCGGCGAUGCUGGGGAUUCCUUCUACGGACAUGUGGGAAUGAAAUUUUCAACUUAUGAUCGUGAUAAUGAUACACGUAAAGGGAAUUGUGCAAAGAUAUGUAAAGGCGCUUGGUGGUUUAAAAAUUGCUAUUUCUGCCACCUAAAUGGACGCUAUGGCGACGAUAAUGCCGGUGUGAACUGAGUUCAUAUAGAAAGAAAUGAAUCGCUGGCGUUUGCGCAAAUGAUGAUACGACCAACUCGAAAUUGCCUGAAACAAUUGUUGUUGCGCAAUUUAAAUGCAAGUGCCUAAAUAUUUAUUGGAACUGAAUCGGUUGAAUACUGUUGUUAAACUAUUUUACUCUUUUUUAUUAAAUUGUGGAUAUUAAUUUUCAAAUAUACUCAGAUGUGUCUCUAUAAUUUCCAAUUUGUACUCGCUUGUGUCUCUGAAAAUGUGAAAUUGAACAUAUAGUUUCAAGAUUCUAUCAUGAAAACGAUAUAUAAUUUAUAUUAUUCACUGUAUGCGAUAUCUUAAUA